UUUUAACUAAAUAAUAUUUUGAUGAGUUUUCACUAUGGCCAAGAAGAGCCAGAGCCAGAUUUAGACAAACAGGAUGAAAAUAGGGAUAAAAACCAACCAUCUCCAAUAGAGGAUUUGGAUAAGAAAAUUCCUGCUGAAAGUCUUUCUUAAAACUCCCAAGUUUUCAUUGAACGACAAUUCACCAAGUUUUGAAUCAAAUUUCAACGUGUGUAAAUUAGGAAAAGAAGAGCCUUCUCUAGAAGAGUUCCCAAUAAUUCGAGAACAAAUUUAUGAGGAGCUAGAAGGUUCUAAUAGAUUUGAUGAAGAAGAGGAAAAGAAUGAAAACAUAAACUUUCAUUUUCCUGACUCCAAAAGUCAGCUAGGACUAUCUGAUAUGCAAUAUUAUGAAAUGGAUAAUAUAAAUGACCCAUACAUCAGCAAAAAUAUCAUCACCGAAGAAAUCGAUAAUGAAGGUUUUCAUCAACCUCAGGAAAUAUCAAUCCCUCCUAUGCCACAAAAUUUUCUAGAAGGUUCUAGAGAUCCCUCUAAACAACUCAAAAAGGAGGAGAAGAGCGGCAUCAGAAGCAUGGCUAUGAAGAAGAAAGGGGUCAGGAAGGAAAAAGAGCUUUAUUCCACAGAUAUUGAGAGUAAGCCUAUCAAAAAAGAAGAAAAUAAUCCGAAAGUUGAGAGCAAGCAUCCAUCAAAAUUCAAUUUUGAAAAUGAAUUCCAACCUGAUUCCAAAAAGAGGCUUCUAAAAGACAUUUCUAAGGCUCAAUCAAGUACGAUGAUACCUGGAAUUCCUUCUCCUAUACUCAGACCACGUCGGAGUGCACGCUCAAGCAAGAAAGAGGUGGAUUAUAACUAUGAUAAACAAGGAUGUGAUUGACAGAAGAAUCGAUGAAUUCAGAGAUAUUGUGAUUGCUUCGCAGCAGGAAAAAUCUGUAGCAACGACUGUACUUGCAAGGAUUGCGAAAAUUUACCAGAGAAUGAGCAGCUUGAGAUAUUUAAAAGAGAGAUCAUUGAGAAAGAUCCCGAAGCCUUUACCCCAAAGUUCUUAACACGGCUUCCUGCUCAGAGCGUUAGCUCAGCUGAAGGACCUCCUGAAAUAGCAAUGGAAAGGACUAGUAGUGCUAUAGAACGAGAAAAGGUGCACAAGAAAGGAUGCAAAUGUAAAAAUUCAGCUUGACUCUUAAAGUACUGUGAGUGCAAAAAGCAUGGAGCCAAAUGAACUUCUCAAUGAAAAUGCCAAAAUUGCAAUAAUGGGAAGCUAUAAGUGACAAAAGAAUUCAAAUUGGCAACCCAUAAACCAUAAAUAUUCAUUCCAAAAUUUAUUCCUUUCUAAACCUGCAAACAAAUUGUCGAUAUUGAUUCAGCUCUGAUACAAAUGAUUACUUUUUAAAUUUAAAAUUUAAAGCUUUGCCCUAUCAGCUUGGGAACUCUCCAGAGGGUAUUCAUCAUAUCAGUGAUCUUUCAUAAAACACAGGUCAACUUUCUGAUAGUUUUCUAACCAAAUGUAGAACAAGCAAUUAUAUGGUUUAUGUUAAU